CCUUCCCCCGGCUCGGACGGCCUCCUCUUCCUCCGUUUGCUUUGUUUCGAGGUAUUCUGCGGCGAUAUUUGGCGUGCAAAUUGUCUAAAAAGGCCUGGAUAUUGUUUUGAUUUGCUGUAAUCUUCUCAGACAACUCUCAUCGAGCCCAUCUUUCCCGGCAGGUCACUUGUUCAUGCAACAGGCCGUUUAAAUCCUGCAUAGUCCCUCGUUCACCCAGUCACCUUACAAUCUACAUAUCGAUAUCGUCGAUCACCAGCAAAUAUGCCUCGCGACAUCUACAUCCUUCCUCUCUCUGACGUCGGGGCCCCGAUUCCCGCGGGCUCGGGCACUUUUAUCUCUCUUCCGUCGCCCUACGAUCCCUACAUCUUGCGCUUCCAGGUCUCGUCGAUCUCCUCGAUUUCUCGCGAUGGUGUGCUGUGGUGUAACGUGCCGCCCUCGAGCGACGUCGCCUUUGAUCGCGAGAAGUUCUAUCCCCACGAGAUCUGCCCUGGCUUCCACGCCGCGUGUCAUAUCGAUAUCGAGAUCUCCACUCCUGGAGCUUACGCCUUUUACCUCACAUAUCUUCCUAUGAACGCAUUCCUUGCUCCCCUGUCACUCUCGAAAUCGGUAUCCGCCCGCUACCAUUUCACUGUCGCGCCGAGGUUCUCACUCAACGGCGCGCGACUCCCGCUCGAUGCACUCAAUAUCCAGUCUGUGAUUUCGAAAUGGAUGGGUCCGUUUGAGACCUGGGAUGAGAAACUUGCAAUUAUCAAGGGCAAAGGGUACAACAUGAUCCACUUCACGCCAUUGCAGCACAGGGGCGAUAGUAACUCGCCGUAUUCGAUAUACGAUCAGCUCGAGUUUGAUCCCGAGAUUUUUAAGAACGGCAUCGAGGAUAUCGAUAAGCUGGUAUCUAGUAUGAAGGACAAGCACCAUCUCCUCUCUAUGACUGACGUUGUAUGGAAUCAUACCGCGAGCAACUCGGCUUGGCUGCGUGAACAUCCCGAGGCUGGCUACAGUAUCAAGACCGCGCCUCAUCUGCAGGCCGCGUAUGAGCUUGACGACGCCCUGCUUUCGUUCUCGCGCUCGCUUAGAUCGCUCGGUUUACCGACAAAUCUUCAAGGCGAGAACGAUCUGCUGAGGAUUAUGGACGGCAUCAAGGUCCAUGUCCUCGGCGCUCUCAGAUUGUGGGAAUUCUACGUAGUCGAUGUGGAGACGACCACGAAGAAAGUUGUCGAGGCUUUUAAGAGUAAGGAUACGAAAGCUACCGAUGUUCCUGAAAACCUGUCUCUUGUGGAAUUGAGUGCCUUUGUGAGAGACCGAACUGCGCGAAACUUCAACAAACUUGGCAAGCGGUUCCGCAAGUACCUCGAGCCAGUUGCGCUUGCUGGCAUACUGAAAACGGUACUCCAUGAGGAUGCUGAUCUCGAGACGGUCAAAUCCGAGACGAUUCGGAUCAUUGAUGAAAUCAACCUUGAGUUUUAUCGCGAGUACGAUAAUGAUGCCGGUGAGAUCCUCGAGCAAUUAUUCAAUCGCAUCAAGUAUAUCCGUCUUGACGCGCACGGUCCAAAAGCCGGCGAGAUCAACGCAAAGUCGCCUCUUGCGGACGCGUACUUUACCCGCGUGGUCGUCGACGGUGAAACUAUCGGGCUCGCAAACAACGGCUGGAUCUGGAACGGGAAUCCGAUGGUUGACUUUGCGAGCUCAAACUCAAAGGCGUAUCUGCGCCGCGAGGUCAUUGCCUGGGGCGAUUGCGUGAAGCUUCGGUAUGGAAGGUCGCCAGAGGACUCGCCGUUCUUGUGGGAACAUAUGCGCAAGUAUACCGAGAUCUGCGCAUCGCAUUUCUAUGCUCUUCGGAUCGACAACUGUCAUUCGACACCGCUGCAUGUUGGAGAAUAUCUCCUUGACUGUGCGCGCAAAGUCCGUCCUGAUCUCUAUGUCGUCGCAGAGCUGUUCACCGGAUCCGAGGACAUGGAUAAACUCUUUGUCGAGCGACUGGGUAUCAACAGCUUAAUUCGCGAAGCGAUGCAGGCGUGGUCUAUUUCUGAGCUCUCGCGCCUCGUGCACCGCCAUGGCGGUAAGCCGAUCGGUAGCAUCAUGGCCACCAAACUAUGCAAUGACAAAUUCGUUCAAUCAUCGCAUGUGCACGCUCUGUUUAUGGACUGCACGCACGACAACGAGACGCCGACGCAGAAGCGUACGGUCGAGGACACUUUGCCCAACGCGGCAUUAGUCGCCAUGUGUGCCUGCGCGACUGGCUCGGUCGUGGGAUAUGACGAGUGCUAUCCUCAUUUACUCGACAUUGUCAACGAGAAACGCAUGUACACUUUCGGCAACGGAAUCGGCGAGAUUAAAAAAGUCUUGAACGAUGUACAUGAAAACACUGGUAGGAUCGGAGCGGAGGAGAUGCACGUACAUCAUGAGGGAAAUUUCGUGACUGUUCACAGAGUUAGUCCCCGAGAGGGUAAAGGCUGGUUCUUAAUCGCGCACACAAAGUUCACCGACAACUGUUCCAACCAAAGACUGGGAACGAUUAUUCUGCAGGGGACUUUUGCUCGCUCGAUAAUCGCGACGUCUCUGGAAAAGAAAGGUGAAUACAAACACUCAGACACGGUGCUGAACGGUGUUCCGGUCAAGGUCGUUGAUCUCAAGGAGCCAUCUGUGGUGUUUAACUCGGUCUUGAACCAGUCCGAGAUCACCUUACCGGAUCAUUUCCCGCCGGGGUCGAUCGCUCUCAUCCGCACAUGGAUCCCAAGCGCGGAAGAAAGUGUCGACGACUUUGUGGUAUCAGGGGCGGCAGAGGCGGUGAAGGACUUGGAUCUGAUUGAUUUGAACGUGGUGCUGUACCGAUGCGAUGGCGAAGAGCGCGACUUAUCUAUGGGUAAAGACGGAGUGUAUGUUGUCCCGAAUUUUGGCCCGCUGGUGUAUGCGGGUCUCCAGGGCUUCAUGUCGCCGUUCACGCAGAUCAUUCUGAACAACGACCUCGCGCAUCCGAUCUGUGAUCAUCUGCGACAAGGCCAAUGGGCGCUCGACUAUAUCGUGUACCGGCUCAAGUCGCACGUGGACGAGUUCCCGCACCUGAAUUCGCUGAUUGCGUGGCUCGAGUCGCGCUUCGACGCGAUCCGCAAGGUUCCGCCGUUCUUGCUCCCGCGCUACUUUGCGAUGGUGCUGCAGGCCGUGUACGAGGCCUGUCGCGAUCAGGCGGUCUCGAUCUUGCUCGGGUCCGAGUUUGAAAACUCGCAUUUCUUUUUGCAGUCGCUGCUGCUGUGCUCGGUGCAGAUGGUGGGGAAAGUGAACAGCACGUCGCUUGUGCCGUCGAAGAUCGUGCCGGCGAUGGCGGCUGGCUUGCCGCAUUUCAGCAAGGACUACAUGCGGUGCUGGGGUCGUGACGUUUUCAUCUCGCUGAGAGGACUGCUGAUCAUCCCUAACCGUCACGAGGAAGCAAAGGAGCAUAUCCUUGCGUUUGCGUCGACGCUGAAGCACGGGAUGAUUCCAAACCUGCUUGACGCGGGCCGGAAUCCGCGCUACAACUCUCGCGACUCGGUGUGGUUCUUUUUGCAAAACAUUCAGGACUACGUCAAGCUCGUGCCCAACGGGAAGCAGAUCCUGAGCGAGCAAGUGAAGCGCCGGUUCCCGCUCGACGAUACCUUUGUCGAAUGGGACGAUCCGCGGGCGUUUAGCUACUCGACCUCGCUAUUGGAUAUCAUCCAGGAAAUCCUGCAACGGCACGCCGAGGGCCUGCAUUUCCGGGAACACAACGCCGGGCCACAGCUGGACAUGCAGAUGAAGGACGAAGGGUUCAAUAUCGACGUCGAGGUCGAUUGGGAGACCGGCCUUGUGUUUGGCGGUAACCAGUGGAACUGCGGCACGUGGAUGGAUAAGAUGGGCGAGUCUGACCGGGCCGGGAAUAAAGGCUGGCCUGGAACUCCGCGCGACGGCGCGGCGAUCGAGAUCUCGGGUAUGCUGAAGAGUGCGCUGCGGUGGGUGAACGAGCUUCGCAAGGAAGGCAGUUACCCGUAUGAUUCUGUGACUACCGCCGGCGGAAGCAAAGUCGUGACGUUCAAAAAAUGGGAAGAACUCGUGCAAUCCAACUUUGAGCGGUGCUACUACGUCCCGCUCGAGCCCUCCGACGACGACAAGUUCGUGAUCAACAAAGCGUGCGUGAACCGGCGCGGGAUCUACAAGGACCUGUUCCGGUCCGGCAAGGAGUACGAGGACUACGAGCUGCGUCCGAAUUUCGCAAUCGCAAUGACUGUCGCGCCCGAGCUGUUUGAUGCCGAGAAAGCGAUCGGCGCGAUUGCGAUUGCGGAUUCGGUGCUGAGAGGACCGGUCGGGAUGAGGACUUUGGAUCCUUCUGAUUUGAACUAUAGACCAUACUACAACAACUCAGAAGACUCGACCGACUUCAAAACCUCAAAAGGCCGCAACUACCACCAAGGCCCCGAAUGGGUCUGGUGCACGGGCUACUUCCUGCGCGCGUUUCUGCACUUUGAUCUCAUCCGCAAGACCACGGACGUCGAGCGCCUCGAGACGCUGCAACAGAUCCAUCUCCGGCUGCAGGCGCACCUGAAGUGGAUCGAGAGCUCGCCGUGGGCGGGACUCGCCGAGCUCACAAAUAGAGACGGCGAGGUGUGUAAUGACUCGUCGCCGACGCAGGCGUGGAGCGCGGCGACGCUGAUUGAUGUGUUUAAGGAUGUGCAGUUGAAGUUCAGGUUGGAGAUGCAUUCUGUCUGAGUGUUGUGAAGUUUUUGUGUGGAGAGUUUGGGUGGAGAAUUGGAUUAGACGCAUAGUUAGACAAGGUUAUACGAUACAGUCCGCGCGAGGGAAGGGCGCCGGGUAGAGAAAGGUAAAAUAGCUUCAAUCAAUAUACAGAAAAUAUCAACACAUUCA